AUGGGUUACGAAAUUUUCACCACAGAUCUCCCACCUGGUCCAAUUCCAUUGCCCAUCUUUGGAAAUCUUUUUAAACUCGGCAAGAAACCUCACCAGUCACUAAGUCAAUUUGCUGGAGUUUACGGUCCAUUAAUGUCACUAAAACUCGGUUCCUUAACAACAAUAGUCAUUCCUUCUUCAGCAAUAGCCAAAGAAAUCCUACAAAACCAUGAUCAAUCGUUUUCUAGCAGGACAGUCAUAGACGCUGUUACCGUAUCCAAUUACCAUAAAUUUUCAAUGGCAUGGUUACCUCCUACUGCUCAGUGGAGAACACUUAGAAAGUUGACAAAUUCACAUAUUUUCACUACUCAAAAACUUGAUUCAAACCAAAGCCAAAGGCAACAAAAGUUAGAGGAACUUGUUUCUUACAUACGGCGAAGCGCCAACACUGGUUCUGCGGUUGAUGUUGGUCAAGUUGCUUUUACUACUGUUCUUAAUUUGAUAUCGAAUAUUUUCUUUUCAAUCGAUUUAGCUAAUGAUUUUGGUUCAGCAUCUGUUUGUGCUUUUAAAGAUGCUGUUAGAGGAGUAAUGGUGGAAGCAGGAAGACCAAAUUUGUCUGAUUAUUUUCCGAUGAUUAGAUUCAUGGAUCUGCAAGGUGUGAGACGUGGUAUGAGUAAGCAUUUUGGAGUAUUGGAUGAGAUAUUUGAGAAGAUUAUAGAGCAGAAACUGUUAUCGUUGCCUUCUAGAGAGGGGAAAGAUUUACUUAAGGAUUUUUUUGCUGCUGGUAUGGAUACUACCUCGUCCACGGUAGAAUGGGUAGUGGCGGAAUUACUUCAUAACCCGACUAAGAUGAAAAAAGCUCAGCAAGAGAUUUCAGACAUUUUAGGGAAAGGACGAACAAUUGAGGAAUCAGAUAUUGUUCGACUACCUUAUUUGCAAGCAAUUGUGAAAGAAACAUUACGACUUCACCCACCAGUUCCGUUUUUAGUUCCUCAUAAAGCAGAGAUCGAUGUUAAAAUUAAUGAUUUUGUUGUCCCCAAAGGUGCUCAGGUACUAGUCAAUGUAUGGGCUAUCGGACGAGAUCCUACCAUGUGGAAGGACCCAACAGAUUUUUGCCCCGAAAUAUUUUUAGACUCAAACACUGAUUAUAAAAGCCAAGAUUUUGAGUUGAUUCCAUUUGGGUCUGGUCGACGAAUUUGUCCUGGUUUACCGUUAGCGCAUAGAAUAAUACAUUUAAUGGUGUGUUUUCUUCUACAAUCAUUUGACUGGAAAAUGGAAAAUGGGUUGAAACCAGAGGAUUUGGAUAUGGAAGAAGAAUUUGGAUUUACAUUAGCAAAGGCUACUCGUCUUCGAGCUAUUCCAACUAUUAGGUUAUAA